GCGCUUCGCUAUUUUGCUUAUUAUACGUGUAUGUUUACUGUUUAAAGUUGUAGCCAUAAGCUUGUAGCUAUUUAUUGCACUAAAGUUCUGUCUUCAUUUUCUAUUUUUUUCAAAGGACCAAGCUGACUUAUUUGUUAUUCAUAUCUAUUUUGACGGCAUAGCAAUUAGCAAGUUAUCGACGAUGUGGAGAAUGUACAUUUCGAUUUGGCAAUCUUCUUAAAGCGACCAUGUUUGGUCACAUCAUCUUUUCGGGCGAUACUUACAUUUUUCUUCAGUCCAUUUGAAUUUGAAUUUGUAAUCUGGUUAAAACGUACUCUUUGCAGUAAUACUGAAUAAAAACCAUCACCCUAAAGAAUCCCCGGAUAAAAUCAAAACAUUUAAUUAUAACUUUCGAUAUUAUCUGUUAUUACUAGAGUAAAAUCCAAAAUUACUUCGACAAGUCAUCACACAGGAGUAUCAGACUAUUUGUCAAUUUGUCAAUGAUAAAUCACUCAACAUUAUCUACAGUUUAACUGUGGUAAACGUUGAGUAACUGCAGUACAGUUAUGACAGUUCACAAUUACGGGCCAAUAAUUUGAAUUUUAUGCUGUAUCUUGUGCUGUCCUACUGUAAUUUCAGCUAACAGCAAAUGACAGAAACGAAGGUGAAAGUCGGAGAUGUAAUAAAAAGUGACGAAAAAUUCGACUAUGUGGUCUCUCAACUUGGACCAAAGCUCUUGUACAAAAUCCAAUACGAAAACUUAAAAGAAAACUUUGCUGAACUAGUGCCAGCAGAUAAGGUCAAGGAUUUGGAUGACAAUUUCUUCAGACCGAAAGAUGCAAACGCCAACUUCGCAAGCGAGGGUGACAAAGUUAAAGCUGAGCUAUUUGGGGAGUGGAAAACUGCAACUGUUUUGUGCACUAAAUUUGGAGAAUGUGAAAUUACUUGUUACAAGAAGGGAACGAAGAAAUCUUAUUUUUCUGAAUGGAUAACACUGGCUCCCAAAGAAGAGAAUGAAAAAACCAAAGAAACUAAUUUGUUUAUCCCAACUGAAAGUGAUAAAGUCGAUACCCGAGUACUUUCUCCCGAACCAGGAAUUAGAAAAUAUACAAAUUCUGGGGGAUUCGAGAAGCUGUCCGAGAAAGUUGAUUCUAUCAUUACAUCUGAAAAAUGGGACGAGGUAAUCUCUAAUUUGAACAGCUUUUAUAUAAAACCACAAUGGAGUGGACAGCCUCUCAACGAUGAUUAUAACAUUUUCCUUCUCACCUGCAACUUUGAUAAGAUCUUUGUUGAUAGGCUAAAAAUCCUUCUCGAAUCUUCUGGGCUGACAGUAACAACCUCAGAAGAAGAACUCCACAAAUCAAGGGUAUUACUGCUCCUUUACACUGACAACGCCUCCUACGACGCCACGCUCAUUCGUCUUCUAACCAGAGGUGCUGAACUUGCUAACAGUGGCGAACUUUGUAUUAAAGUUUUAGUCCACCCAACAUGUUCCGCUUUCAGACAAAACAGAAUCCCUGACAACAUGGCCUACUCCCUUGCGGACAGUAAGUGGUAUAACUGGAUCGGUGUGGAUUCCCCGGAGGUCAGCUUCACUGAGAUGGCUUCACAGAUCAAAAGUUACACCGAGAGAAGUGAAGCUGAUUUGGCGGAACUCAGUACUGUGUGUGGUAUAUGGCAUUGCAAGGUUGUUGUUAGUGGGGACUUUUGCUCUAAUUUCUACGAUAACCGAUGUAUGACACUGUACUUGUACACUGAUCAUGACGGCAAGGUUCGGGGCCGUACUCCCUCAGGUAUCGUACUUGAGGGUGACUUUAACACUGACAGCAGGAUCCUUGAUAUCACUGGUGCAUACUGUGGACCGUGGAAUCAAGAAAACGAGGGGUGGAAGGAGGAAUAUUUCCAGAUAAUGCUGAGGAUUAAGGGAGUGUUGGACUAUAAAGGCAGCCGAUUUGAAGGGCAGAUCUGCGAGGUAUCAUGUGUUGGAGACAAAGUGUACGAGUGUGUGGGUACACUGUCAGCUGACCAAGAAAACGAGGGGGUUUCAGGGUUUUACGAGAUAACAGACACCCUCUCCGAGUUAAAAGGGGAGAAGGGACACAUGACUAUCAUCCAGCAGCGAGGCGGGGAUCUGUUAGCAGAUAUCAAGGGGCACCACGGUGUAAUGUAUCCAGGGAUAUUUGAUUCGGCUAGUCGGCGGUUCUGGUUAUACGUUCAGAACACUCCCAACUCCUGUAUAACCUACGAGGGAGUGUUUAACGCUGGAAACAGGUCCACUGAGGCUAGUGGCUCUUUCUUCAAGUGUAAAAACGGUGUGACAGUAAUUCCCAAGACGAAGUUCUACGCUAAACGUGAGAUGGUUGGGGAGACUGUUCAAGUGGACACAAUGAACACUGAAAUGUUUUUACAGCUUGUAGCUGACGCUCAACAACGGUCCUUGCGCACCUCCGUCAUCAACUCUUUCACUUACGUUCCUCCAAAACCUGAAGAUUUCCCCGUACUAAUCGUAGGAGCUGAUGAGGAUAAGGAAGUCUUGAAAGAACUGAAAUAUAAUCUUCUGAAAGCGGGAGUCGGCCCUAUCUCCUGUGAUGCAAAUGAUUUGGAUUCUGCUCGAAGUGUUUGCUUCAUCCUGUCAGCUCAUGUCCGUGAUAAUACUGACCUCGUUGAAACCGCCAAAAAGAUCUCAGUUAAAGACGUCCCAUUCUUUAUCAUAGCAAAUGAUGCCCGACGAAAUAUAUUCAACGACAAGUUCUGGAAAGAUCUGAACCUGAAAGAAACUCUACUAAGUUGUCUUGCUAGACUGAAACAAACAGGCAAAAUGACACUAGAUCCAAACUCGUUACUCUUCAAAACACUUGUCAAGGAAGUUAAGAGUAAUUACAAGCCUCCCGUCUACUUUCUAUCGGGAAUGUGGUCCGUUAGAACAUUCAGUAAAGUUGACUUCAAGAGUGGAUACAACGAGGCCGCUGCUGACGCCAGGAAAGGGAAAGUCAAACACCUCACUUUUCCCAAACUUCUCUAUAUUUUAACUGACGGUGUUUCUGGGAGGGUUGUUGGAAUCAAUGAUUUUGUUUCUUCAAAGCAAUUCAAAGGACAUGUAAACAAUGAAGAAAGCACCUUUACAUUUGAUAACGAAGAUUCUAAAUAUGAGUUGGUUAUUGAGAGAGAUGGUCAAACCAUGCAGGGAACUUACAUCAACAGAGUUCAAAACAUCCAAAUGGAAAUCACCUUGACACUCGAAAUAGAUGAAAUCAGUGGCAUAUACACGGUAAAAGAGCAGAACCAAAUGUUAGGUAUUGUAAAAACAGGACAACACUCAGUGGACGUUUACUACAGGAACUACAUCCUGCCCGGGGUGUUCUACGGGAGUAGGUUCUACUGUACCAUACCCAGGUGUGUCAACAGGAAGCCAGUUCUCAGCACCAUGGUCGGUGUUAUCCAGAAAUCAAUGUCAGGAUCCAGCCUGAUCUGUUUUGAGUACGCUUCCCUGGCCAAUACCAGGUGUUUGUCGUACGUGUACGAUUAUUUGCAGACUCGGUUUCAGAAACUUGAUGAAGCCGACAAGAUUGGAGUGAGUUGUGAGGCUUAUGUGCUGGAUUUUAUUGAGAGGUACAUUGUAGCGUUCAAUGAUGUGGAUUACGUGUCGUAUAAAGAGCUGCAUACCGAGUCUGUGAUAGAAGGACAGGAUGCGUUUGAAGCUUAUUGUAAGAGCACUCAUGAUAUCAUGGGGAAGAUUGAGAAUUAUAGUUUUGUGGGUCGUAGGAAAAUGCUGGAGACAAAUCUGUCGCAUCUUUCAAUCUCCCGCUACGAGUUUGAUAUUAAAUACGGGGCUAGAACCAGACGAGAAUUCUUCAUUAUUGACGAGAACUGUUUGUUGAGAGGAACAAUGAGUCUAGAAGAGGAAGCACUACAGUUCCACUCAUCAAUAUACGAUGUAAUGAUUACUUACAGAAGUACGGAUAGUGGUUGGGCUGACCUCCUUCAAAUGUACUUGGAGAACAACGAGGUGCUGUGCUGGAGGGACCAGCGGAUGGAAAUCGGAGCUAACUGGAGUUCAGACAUCACCUCCGCUAUUCGACUAGCUAAAUGCGAACUGUGCCUGCUCUCCGAAGAAUACCUCAAAUCAGAGAUGUGCACCAAGGAGAUCAGCUUAGCAUUCGACUCAGGCAAACUGAUAAUACCACUAGUCCUGCCACACACAGACCAGAGCAAGCCACGCCCACUGGUAAAGUCCACCUACAAGCCCUCCUACCCUCCCCAUCAGAUAAGCCACGAAACCAGCCAGUCUACUUGGAUUGACUUCCGGCCUGCUUCCUCUGACGUGGAUCCGGAGAAUGUAGGUCAGUUUGAGCUAUUGUACCUGGACCCUCUGAAAGUGCUGCUAGAUCGUCUCCAGCUCUCCAAGACCAGGUCUAAUAUCUGUGAUAUUAACGGUUCCUGGCUUGUUUCUAUCACGGAUACUGUUGGGAGGAAACUUAAGAGCAAAGUUGCGUUGGAGUAUAUCAGAAGAGUCCCAAGUGGAGUCCUCCAAGAGGAGUCCGGCAAACCGGUAGCACGGCUGAGUCCUCAGUCGAUAGUUUGUGGAACUCGACUUCUACUGUACUUCGUUAAUCCUAAGACUUACGACCUUGUUUUGGGCAUCAAAGCUAUGAUGUCUGGCGAUAACAGAUCGUUCUCAGGAGUUCUACUUGGAGCAGACUGUAGGUCCGUGGUGUACGCGCAGAAAGUCGAGGACAAAUUCCGGUCAAUUGAGCGAGGAGGUUUGGUGUACACAGCGGAGACAGCCUCACCAAACUACGAUCUCCUCACCCGACUUCACCCCCAAAUCAGCCGCACAGAACUAGACGAACUGUUCACUGCUUUCUGUAAGAUAGACAUUAGUCAGGACUACAGACUGUCCCCAGAUGAGAUCACGUCCUGUUUGAAGAUGAUAGGCAGGCCCAUGUCUAAACGGCUGGUUUCUGAACAGAUUAGGCGGUUUGAUGUGAAACAAUCGGGGGCGUUGGAGUUUGAUGAGUUCGUGCACUUUUUAAGUAAGCAGUCCGGAGCUGGAGCUAUUACAAGCAAACAUGCCAGCAAAGUAUGCUCUAUCAUGUAAACAUGCCAGCAAAGUGUGCUCUAUCAUGUAAACAUGCCAGCAAAGUGUGCUCUGUCAUGUAAACAUGCCAGCAAAGUGUGCUCUAUCAUGUAAACAUGCCAGCAAAGUGUGCUCUAUCAUGUAAACAUGCCAGCAAAGUGUGCUCUAUCAUGUAAACAUGCCAGCAAAGUGUGCUCUAUCAUGUAAACUGUAAACGUUGUUGUUAUCAUGUAAACAAUGACUUCUAAUCAUUGUUUGCAUCAGAUGCUUUUAAAACCUGUGAAGAUGAGAUAAUUAUCCAAUCACGUUCAAGGAAGUAUUUUACAGUAAAAUAUUUGAUAAUUCAUAACUCUUCAAAGUUCAUAACCCAGAAAUUUUGGCACAACCUUCAUCGCUUGGUUUGCUAAGGUUUGUUCGCUUAUCAUGUAAGCCACUUUACACAGCUAUUUUCAAUUUUGUAGAAAUUGCACUAAUGUAAUUGUAAGAUUUUCCAAUGCCAUCUGUCCCCCUAUUUUGGCUUACAUUAUAUGUGAACGAUCCCUUAUCAACUUAAAGACAUUUUAACAGACGUAUUUCAUUCUUUUAAAUUUAUUCAUGUAUCAGAGUUUUUUAAAUAGAUUGGGAAAUACAUUUUGUAACCAUGUACAUAGUAAAAUCUAUAUUGUAUGUAAAAUGUUUAAGUGGCUGUGAAAUUUGAUCUCUGUGACUUGUUUAUGUUUUGUAGCACUUUCCAAAUGAAUGUGAACCGUUUUUAGGGAUUCGGGUAUAAAGAAGGGAUCAUGCAACUGUAUAAAAUUAGAUUCAGGGAUUUUUGUUCCGUCCAAAUUAGAUGAGAAAUAGGAAUUUGCAUAGUUACAGCAUGGUAACGUACAUGUGCAUACUGCAUCAAAUGAUAUUGAAGUGACAUUAUGAUCUGUUUUGUUGUGAAUAAGUUGUUUUUUAUGUCACAUU